ACCGAGGACGGGAUUAGCGUAGAUAUCAUUCCGGGGGAGGGCGAGAGACCCGACAUCCCGCAGCGGGAGAGCGAUACGCUGCACCAACGGCCCAUCGGCGACUGAAAUCGAGCCACGACGGGGAGACGACAGCCUCCUCCGGGCUUGUUUAUCGCAACCACCGGCCACUGUCGGGAGAUUUAGGGAUGAACUGAGAAUGAAUGUCAACCAGCAACCACACAUGGCCUCUCCGUACGGACAGUUGCCCCCGGGGUACCAGGGCUAUCCCCAGCCAGGCUUCGGGGGUCAGCACGCGCCCGCAGGUUACCCAGCCCAGUACCCACCUUACAACGGCCCCGCCUCCACAUACCAGCAAGGAGCGCCACCGCCAGGAUAUUCUCCUUACACAAGCUUUCCUUCUAAGGCUCUUGCUGCAGAUUUAGUCACUGACCUGUCCUCUUCCUUCCCUCUUGACUUAGGCCCAGCACGAGCACCCCCGGUCUCAGCAGCGCCCUCCACCUGUGCCACCCAGGGUUACGGCCAGUACGGACAGGGAGACAUGCACAACGGCGCCCCCCCCGCGGCAAGCCAACCACAGAGGCCACCUGUGUCCCAGCCUUAUGCCCCAGGUCCGACGGCUGCUGCUGUUACCCAGGGGACGUACCAACAGCAGUACGGGGCCCCGCCCACGAGCACGCAUCAGCUAACCAAUCGGAUGGCAACCAUGCAUAUUGGAUCCACUGUACCUUCCCCAGCUGGUCCUGGAUAUCCUCCUCCUCCAUCAUCUCAGCUGCCCUCAUCUGCUGCUUUCACAGCAUCCUCUGGCUCCGCCCCCUCUUUGCCACAUUCAGCCCCCACCUCCCAGGCCCCACCCAGCGUGCCGCAGGGACCACGUCCAUCCAUCUACGGGGCUCCCCCUCCACCCCAGCAGGGUUUCCCCACCUCUGCCCCGCCCUCUAACCCUACAGUCACCGGAGCCGCCACCCCAGUUUCACAGCAGUCCAUCCCCAACGCCACGCCCCUUCCAUCACAGCCACCUUUCUCUGAGGCCCCGCCUCCUCCUCCCUCUCAACCCUCCUUCAGCGGCCUGCCCCCCUCCUCGCAACCUCAACCCCCGUUCCCCGGCGGCCCACCCCUCGCAUCCCAACCCCCCUACUCCACCGCACCCCCAACCUCCUCCCAGACUCCGUUCCCCGGCACCCUGCCCCCACAACCCCCCACGUUCUACUCGGCCCCUCCCCUGGGGGCUCAGGGGCUCCCUCUCCCACCUCAGUCCAUGGCAGGACCCCCUGUCUCCCAGCCCAACCACAUGGCUGCAGGCCCUGCUCAGCCUGGAAUGCCUGGGGUACCCACUGGCCCUCCCACUGUGGGCAUGCCGCCCGUGGCCCAGCCGAGCCUACAGGGCUACCGGCCGCAACAGAACGGUGCUUUUGGGCAACUGAGGGGUCCCCAGCCUGGAUAUGCCGGCUCCUACCCUGGUCAGCAAAAUUUCGGCAGUCAGCCUCUCGCCCCAGCACCGGCCCCACCCGCUCAGAAGCGGCUGGACCCUGACUCUAUCCCCAGCCCGCAAGCCUCUGAAAUGGCUCCUGCGCCGAAAACACGGCAUAGAAUAGACCCAGACGCUAUUCCCAGCCCAGUCCAGGUGAUCGAGGAUGACAAAGCCAGCAAGGGCAAUGAACCUUUCAUCACAGGGGUCAGGGGUCAACCCCCGCCUCUCGUCACAACCACUUUCCAGGUCAAAGAUCAAGGAAACGCCAGCCCACGCUUCAUCCGCUGCACGGCCUACAACAUGCCCUGCACCUCCGACAUGGCCAAGCAGUCCCAGGUCCCCCUGGCCGCCGUCAUCAAGCCCCUGGCCCCGCUGCCCCCAGACGAGGCUCCGCCCUGCAUUGUGGAUCACGGCGAGGGCGGUCCGAUCCGCUGUAACCGCUGCAAGGCCUACAUGUGCCCCUACAUGCAGUUCAUCGACGGUGGGCGCCGUUUCCAGUGCGCCUUCUGCUCCUGCGUGACGGAAGUUCCUUCCCACUACUUCCAGCACCUGGAUCAUACCGGCAGGCGUGUGGACAGCUACGAGCGGCCGGAGCUCUCCAUGGGGUCCUACGAGUUCCUGGCCACUGUGGAUUACUGCAAGAACAACAAACUGCCUCAGCCUCCAGCCUAUGUCUUCCUGAUCGACGUGUCGUACAACGCCGUCAAGAGCGGCCUGGUCAGCCUCAUCUGCGAGGAGCUGAAGACACUGCUGGACUACCUGCCCAGGGAGGUUCCAGAGGCGGAUUCGUGCGUCAGGGUGGGCUUUGUCACCUACAACAAAGUGCUGCACUUCUACAAUGUGAAGGGCUCUCUGGCGCAGCCGCAGAUGAUGGUGGUGUCGGACGUGGCCGAUGUCUUCGUCCCGCUGCUGGACGGCUUCCUGGUCAGCGUGGCCGAGUCCCGGCCGGUCAUCGAGAGCUUGCUGGACCAGAUCCCAGAGAUGUUUGCCGACACGCGGGAGACGGACACCGUCUUCGGGCCGGUCAUCCAAGCCGGACUGGAGGCUCUUAAGGCUGCAGACUGCGCAGGCAAGCUCUUCAUCUUCCACUCAACCCUACCCAUCGCAGAGGCUCCUGGGAAACUGAGGAACCGCGAGGACAGGAAGCUGGUGGGAACGGACAAAGAGAAGUCCAUGUUCCAGCCCCAGAUCAGUUUCUACGGUAACCUGGCGAAGGAUUGCGUGGCACAGGGCUGCUGCGUGGACCUCUACCUCUUCCCCAACCAGUACGUGGACGUGGCCACGCUCGGGGUGGUGCCCACCUCCACCGGUGGCUCCGUCUACAAGUACACGCACUUCCAGGCGCAGACGGACAGUGAGCGCUUCCUCAGCGACCUGCGCAGGAACGUGCAGAAGAGCGUGGGCUUCGACGCCGUCAUGAGGGUGCGGACGAGCACAGGUAUCCGGGCAACUGACUUCUUUGGCUCCUUCUACAUGAGUAACACCACGGACGUGGAGCUGGCAGGGCUGGACUGUGACAAGACGGUGACGGUGGAGUUCCGGCACGACGACAAGCUGAGCGAGGAGACGGGCGCCCUCAUGCAGUGCGCAGUGCUCUACACCAGCUGCAGUGGACAGAGACGUCUGCGCAUCCACAACCUGGCCGUCAACUGCUGCUCCCAGCUGGCCGACCUCUACCGCAACUGCGAGACCGACACCAUCAUCAACUUCCUGGCCAAGUCCGCUUACAGGAGCGUGCUCAGCAGCCCCACCAAAACAGUGCGGGAGAACCUGGUGAACCAGUGUGCCCAGAUCCUGGCCUGCUACCGCAAGAACUGCGCCAGCCCCUCCUCUGCGGGACAGCUCAUCCUGCCGGAGUGCAUGAAGCUGCUGCCCGUCUACCUGAACUGCAUGCUGAAGAGCGACGUGCUGCAGCCCAGGGCCGACGCCCCCCUGGACGACCGGGCGUACCUGCGGCUGCUCGUCUCCUGCAUGGACGUGGCCGAGAGCCACGUGUUUUUCUACCCGCGCCUGCUGCCGCUGCAUAAGCUGGAUGUGGAGGGUGAGGCGCUGCCGGUGGCGGUGCGGGACUCAGAGGAGCGCCUGUCGAAGGCGGGCGUGUACCUGCUGGAGAACGGGCUGAACCUCUUCCUCUGGGUGGGGGCCGCAGCGCCCCAGGAGCUCCUCCAGAACAUCUUCGGCACCCCGGCCUUCAGCCAGGUGGACCCCAACAUGACUGCCUUGCCGGUGUUGGAUAAUCCUUUCUUGAAGAGAUUACGAGGCGUGAUCGAGUCUUUCCGAGAGCAGCGCUCUCGCUACAUGAAGCUGAUGGUGGUGAAGCAGGACGACAGGCUGGAGGUGGUCUUCAGGAGCUUCCUGGUGGAGGACAAGAGCAGCGGCGGCGGGGCGUCCUACGUGGACUUCCUGUGUCACAUGCACAAGGAGAUCCGGCAGCUGCUGAGCUAGGGAUGGGGCCUGACCACGCUCACAGCCGUGCCCACACCCACACCUCCUCCCAGAUCACAGACUGGCUCCAUCUUUUACCUAACCCAAUAAUAACACCACCCCUCUCUGAUAUACCCCCCGAAGACCAGUGCACUGGAAUGGACGCUGAAAUGGACAGAUGAUGGUUCCCUGUCAAAUCCCCUUUUUCUGUUGGUCUUUUUUUUUUUUUCCUGGGGUCGGGGUGGGGUCAGGCUUUACUCUCAGUUGAUCCAAGCAUUCAGACAUAGGCAGAUAGUGCCAGUCAUCACUGAUCCAGGCACAGCUAACCAAGCUGUCAUUCUUACCCAGGACCCUCUGUGCAACUAGAGUUUAAACUUAUCCAGGAUCGGUGCUACACCCACUGGUACUGGUUGUAGUAGGUGUUCGGUCAGAAGCGGUAGGACUGAGUGAUCCGUUCCCUGUCUGACACACUGGUUCGAACAUUGGGAAUGGCAAUGGCCUUUUGUUACAAAAAACAAGCAUUUUUUUUUCUUGAAAAAUGAUCACUUAGGUAUAACAAAUCUUAACUUAAAAAUAAAUAAAAAUUAUUUUUUUUCAUGUCAGUUUAAUUUCAUAAUUACAUUGCCUCACUCUCCCUCUCUAUCUAACAACCUCCCUCAUCCCAACAUGUCGUUUACUCCCAUGAUCCUCUCUGUUUUUGUUGCUGUUGAUUUGUAAGUGUGUGACUUGGAGAGGGUGACUGGGAGCUGUGCUCAGUGAAGGAGCUUCCUGUCCUGGGGAAGCUCCCCUAAAGAGAGACUAUGCAUCAGCUUAAGGGAGCUCCAGGGUGGUCUGUCGGUCUGUGCUGGUGGAAGAGGAUGAAGAGACAUCACCCCCC